AUCGACUUUGCUCUGUAUUCCAUUAGCACAAGCAUUUGAUCUAUAACAAGGCCUCUCUGCACCGUCAGAGUUCGGAUGAAGACUCUUCGGAGUCCAUUAGUCUGUGUACUGGACCCCCUCUUCACCUGCCUCAGCAGAGCUUUAGACCAGGUCCUCCAAAAGGCGGCACUCUUCACUGGCUCCCCAUCAAAUUCAGAAUCCGAUUCCAGGUUACUGUGAUCACUUCGACAUGGUGACUGGAGCAGGUCUCUGAGGGCCUCUGAUCAGGGUGUGCUGGUUGCUCCUCGGUCCAGGAUUUGGAGUUUGGACUAGUUUUUCUGUUCAUCUGUCUGUCUGUAUGAAGGAUGCGUGUCAUUUCUUGUGUGAAGCGCUUUGUGACGUCUCCGCUAUAUAAAUAAAGUUUAUUGGCCUGUUGUUUGCUUGCAGACUUGGAUCAAAUGUUUUGAACAUAUGCUGCAAUUUCAAGAGAAUUUGAGAACAACAAAGAAAAGAACAGGGAGAACUUAUACCAGCUGAUUCUUUACUUAAGUAAAAGUAGAAAUACCGCAGUGUAAAAGUCCUGAAUUCUGCUUUUCACGUGACGCUGUGCUAUUAGAUAUAUUAUUAUAUAUAAUUAUUGUGCUGGAUUUUAAGCAACUGCGGCUGGAGUUUUACAGUGUUGGGCAGUUCAAUGCUCAGUAUGGCAGUGUGUCCUCAUUUACAGAGUGAUCACAUGUUUUCUGUGUAAAAUGCUCAUUUGCACAGUCAGCACUUCUCCAGCUGUCAGAAACAGUUGGAGUGGAAAUAUUAAGUACAAAUGCCACAGGACGCCACUGCAGGACCGCGGUUCACUUCAGUGCCUCUGGAAUGUGGCUCUGUUUCGUCAUGGUUUUCUGUGUGUCAUCUUAUCUGGUUGAAAUUGGCCCAGCCUUAAAUAUUCAGAGUCAAGGAUUUGGCAUUGAAGGAGCUGCAUAAAAGCGCGGCCCGCAGCAGCUCCGGGCCUUCCUGCAGAGGCCUCCGCUGAACCUGACCCCCCUGUCAGGGCGCUCUGCUCCGGACAUGGCUUGGUUUCUGUGCCUGUGUGUGCUUUUGGCCGUGGGGCUGGCUUUGUUGGCGCGGCAGCUGAAGCUCAGGAUGUCUGCGCCUGAUGCCCAGGAGCUGGCCCGCCUCCCGGCUCUCCCGGCUCUCCCCCUGAUCGGCAGUCUGCUGAGCCUGCGGAGCCCACACCCUCCUCACGUGCUGUUUAAGGGGCUGCAGGAGAAAUACGGACAGACGUACUCGCUGAUGAUGGGCUCCCACUGUGUCAUCAUCGUCAACCAGCACACACACGCCAAAGAAGUCCUGCUGAAGAAGGGAAAGAUAUUUGCAGGAAGACCCAGAACUGUAACCACAGAUGUUCUGACCAGAGAUGGGAAAGACAUUGCAUUUGGAGACUUCAGCGCCACCUGGAGGUUCCACAGGAAAAUAGUGCAUGGAGCUCUGUGCAUGUUUGGAGAGGGCUCUGCCUCCAUCGAGAAGAUCAUCUGUGCAGAGGCCCAGUCUCUAUGCUCCGUCCUGUCUGAGACCGCAGCUGCUGGACUGGCCCUGGAUCUGUCUCCUGAGCUGACUCGGGCCGUCACCAACGUCAUCUGUUCGCUUUGCUUCAACUCCUCCUACCACCGAGGAGACCCAGAGUUUGAGGCCAUGCUUCGCUACAGCCAGGGCAUCGUGGACACUGUGGCCAAGGACAGCCUGGUGGACAUCUUCCCCUGGUUACAGAUUUUUCCCAAUGCAGACCUGCGUCUUCUAAAGCAGUGUGUUUCAAUCAGAGACCGACUUCUACAGAAGCAAUAUGAUGAACACAAGGCAGACUACAGUGACCAUGUGCAGAGAGACCUGCUGGACGCUCUGCUGAGAGCCAAGCGCAGCGCUGAGAACAACAACACAGCAGAGAUCAGUGCAGAGUCUGUGGGCCUCAGUGACGACCACCUCCUCAUGACUGUGGGAGACAUCUUUGGAGCCGGUGUGGAGACCACCACCACCGUGCUCAAAUGGGCCGUCACCUACCUCAUCCAUCACCCGCAGGUGCAGAGGCGUAUCCAGGAGGAGCUGGACAGUAAGGUGGGGGGGGGGCGGUCCCCCCAGCUCAGUGACAGAGGCAGUCUGCCCUUCCUGGAGGCCACCAUCAGGGAGCUGUUACGGAUCCGCCCUGUGGCCCCUCUGCUCAUCCCCCAUGUGGCCCUCAGUGACACCAGCAUCGGGGAUUUCACAGUGAGGAAAGGAACUCGAGUCAUCAUCAACCUGUGGUCUCUGCACCAUGACGAGAAGGAAUGGAAAGACCCUGAGCUCUUUGACCCUGGUCGGUUCUUGAACAGUGAAGGCACAGGUGUGAUCAUCCCGUCGCCCAGCUACCUGCCGUUCGGUGCCGGGGUCAGGGUGUGUCUGGGCGAGGCCUUGGCCAAGAUGGAGCUCUUCCUCUUCCUGUCCUGGAUCCUACAGCGCUUCACCCUCUCGGUCCCACCAGGCCGCUCUCUGCCCAGUCUGGAGGGCAAGUUCGGCGUGGUCCUUCAGCCGGCCAAGUACAAGGUGAAUGCCGUGCCCAGACCAGGCUGGGAGAGAAACAAGUGCCAGGCCUGCUGAGGCUGGCCCCAUGUUCUCCACAGCAGUGGCUCUCAGCUGUGACCUGAACAUACUUCAUGCAGCAGAUGAUCACGCGUGCAGGAGUGAACUGGACAUAUCUUAACAUCUCUUUGUAUGUUUGACUUUUAUUACUAUUUCUUGACAAUGUAACGCAAUCUCAACCAACAGUUCCCAACAUCAUCUAUAAAUAAAACUCUGGGUCUGAUAUACAGUAUUUGAACAAGUUCUCUCUGCUGCCCUGAAAUACUUCACAUAAUAAUCUCAGGCUCCGACCAAGCAAUCUGAUUGGUCAACUAGACAUUUAGGACGUGCUCGUCACCAAAACAUGAGUCCUCCAGGUGCUGCCUCCUUGUUUGCGGAGAGCAGUGAAAAUGUUGCUUUUGAAAGGUGAAACGCCAACAAACCAGCAGAAUAUUCCGUUCGAUGAAAGCAUGUUGGGAAUUGUGGAAAUGAUUAAUCUAUGUGUUUUCAAUAAAUGUUGACUUUUGGACUUU